GGCGGCGGCCAUUCAUGGCGUGCGCGCGGAGCCGUAGACGUCCAAAACCACAGCGGACACGGCCCACCGUUACCUGCCCGCGCGCAUAUAAAGACCACACCCUUCCUUCAUCCGCAGCGCCAUAAUUUCCGAGCUGCUAGCGCUACAGUCCCCAUCAACAGUUCAGGCUUACAGCUAGUUGCAGUACUACACGAGUACACCACCAAGCCAACGCCCAACAGAGAGGUAGUGGUGCCAUUGGGAGGAUGGCUUCGAUCGUGCUGCUGCUGUCGGAGCUGCUCGGCGGCGCGGGGAGCACCAGCAUGCUGGAGGCCAACUGCUACAUGGGCGGCCACAGCCUGCGGGAAUUCCGGCCCGCGGCGGCCACGGGCGAGCGGGCGCCCACGGAGCCGAAGCUGCGGGGAACAACCUCAACGGCGGCGAAGGAUGAGGAGCCGUCGUCGUUGGACCUGGAGGAUCUCUCCGCCGUGUCCAGGAUAUCGGUGGACGUGAUGUGGCCCUGAGCCUUCCGCUGACUCAGGAGGUCGAUUCGCCUCGAGGUUGUUCUGUGUUUUGCUGCCGAGGACGAAGAAGAUGUGUCAUGUGAUUCCUCGUUGCCUCGAGUUCUAUGAAAUGAACAUGUAAAUAUACAAAGCCAGCGCUGAAUGUUCUCCCUGUGUUCCUUUUUGUCUCGUGACUUUUUCUUCGGGGAUUCAACCUUCUGAUCAGAUCA